AGACGGAGAGGGAGGCAGGUUAUGGUAUGGAACGUGGCCUCAGGACGCAUAUUAAUGACGUAGUCAACGUUGCGACGAGUUUUAUUUCAGAUUGAAGGAGUGAUUUGAUCUCAGCAGAAGAAUUUACGAAUAUAACAAUGUCGUACGCAGACGACGAAUCCUCGGAGUGUGGCAGUGCGGGACCAUCCAAACUGGAAAGCUACGUUUUCAGCUGUGAACUUUCUUCCAAAGUACCAUUCUACACCUUUCAAGGAGAUGAAGAGGAGGAUUUGGAGCACUUUCUUGAAUUACGAACGGUAUGUCUUGGAGAGGGAGCAAAAGAGGAAAGUAACGUGGUUGAGGUAACGGCCAUGAACCACCGAGGCAAGACCAUCUCUGUGCCUGUGGCAAACCUCCACAUCAACUGCCUGCCUAUGGUGAGUCUGGGGGAGUUCGAGCUGAAGGCUCCGGUGACCAUCCGUCUGAGAUCUGGAACAGGGCCUGUGACUGUUAGUGGACUUCACCUCAUAGCCUCAGACGAGCUUGGGUCGGAUCUGUCCGAUGAGGAGGAGGAGCUGGAUGAGGAGAUUGUCCCCAUCAAACCUGCUAAGAAGAAGCAGAAGUUGUAGAAGACAAUCUGUCAGAGCCUGCUUCAUUUGGACUUUUUAUAAGAAAAAUAAAGGGAUGUUCUUAAUCCCAUUAGAUACAUUUUAUAUAUCAACUUCCGUUUUGCUGCCCUAAGAUGACACCCAUAGGUGUUGGUCAUGCUAAACAUGGUGUGGUUGAGGCUGGAGGGGGUUUGCCCUUAGAGACUGAAUGAAUUUGGUUUUAUUACAAAACACUGCAUUCUUUUUGUGACACAAUCUGGAUUUUGAAUAGGAUUGAUAAAAAAGUGUGUAUGGAUGUUGAUCUUCAAAGAAAAUGUGAUUUUCUCACAUACGACACCAGCAGUUGACUCUGUAAUGACUCAAAACCCUUAAAGGUUUUAAGAGAGUUUGAACACAUUUGUAUUUGUUUGCAUGCUUUGACAUAUUUGAAACCCCCUUUUAGCCUGGGAGCCAGACUACUCUGCCAGUCCCUGCUUCAUUUUCAUUGGCAGAUUGGUCUGGUUCCCAUUCAAACAGAUUUCCCUCUGACCAGAUUCGGGUCGGGCCAGUAAGAACGGUUUACCUGACAUGGGGUUGGUUUAAGCGACUAUACAGAAGUGUAGUUGAGGCUAGAACCAACUAAGAUGGCUCUUCAUUGUUCUGAUUGGUUGUGUAUAUACAUUUGCGUCCAGAGGCAUUUAAGUUCCUUUGGAACUAAAAAAAUGAACUGAGGUUCCAUGGAUUACCAAAUUACUAUACCAUUUUGAGUGGUGUCUCAUGUCAUGAUGUUCUAUGAAAUGCAUCUUUCUGAAGUGUUAUUUUUUUGUAUGUUUACAAAUUGUUUAAAUAAAGUAAAAUUCUUGUGA